GGUGUCUAUUGUAUGUGAACUUGUGCUUGUGCUUGUGCUUAUGCUUAUGCGUAAACCCAGCCAGGGUUUCUUCGUUCUUCGUCUGUGUCUGUCUGUCUGGGAACGAAUUCAAUCACAUCACAUCAGAUCAGAUCAGAUCCAAUCAAAUCAGAUUCACCGCCAUCGUCUGCGUGACAGAAGAAAGAUAUCGGAUUCUAUUUAACUACCUAUCUCUUUUUUUCCCUUCUUCUUCUUCUUUCUUUCCUCCCUCUCCCGCUUGUGGCGAAGAAGAACAAAUCGCUACAGAGAACAGACAAGUUUCCAAAGCACAGCCUUUCCGAUCCAGUUAUCUGCUGCCGAGCAAUCCACAAUCCAUAAUUCUUCAUCCACAUGUACAUGUGUUGUGCGGUGGUGCGGCGCUGUGGUCUGAGUUUGCUACGAUUCCACACGAUCUGAUCCGAUUUGAUACUGGGGAUAUACGAAGUACGACGGCAGCUCUGGAUAUCCUGACGAGGGUUGGAAUUCUGUCGGUGGCAUUCGUUCAUUCAUUCACUCAUUCUGUGUGAUACAUACAUACCAGGGUUUGAGUCAGAGAUUGAUUGAUUGAGAGAUUCGGAGUUGGAGAGAUUGAUUGAGAUAUAUUCAUCUGAAUCUCCAUCUUCGUCUUGAUAUCAGUACUGAAUGGUACGGACUGCUUUUAAUACUAAUACACUACUGCUGAUACCGACACCAAUCCCAUCUCCAAUCCCAUCUCCAAUCUAUCACCACCCUCCGAUUGCGAUUACGAUAUUUCCUACGCCUCGCCUCGUUAAGAUAAAUCUCAGCCUCGGGAAGAUAUCUACAUCUAAAAUCUCAGAUAGAUCAUCAUCUGUCCCGUCCGUAUAAUAAUAAGCCUGGGAAGCUGUAUUGUCCACUCGAUUUUAUACCCUUGAAUCUUUUGGUAUUUAACUUCCAUUAUUUCAUCCAUCAACAUCCAUCUUUUCAACAGAUAAAAGAAAUGUCUUACUUCUUACACUCCAUUCCAGGAUCAGAAAAUAUGCCGGGCACUUUUGCUUUCGAUUCUCCAUCUCCGCAACAUGACGUACCAAUUGCAGGUUCAAAAUCAAAUAUUUAUCUGCCGCCAUCCACUCCCUCAGCAUCUGCCACUUCUUCCCUCUAUCUCUUCGAUACACAAUCAACCACCAGUACAGAUAUGUUAAAUGCCGGAGGGAUAAUGGUGGGAAGAAAGAGGAUGCGAGAUAGUUUCCCACAUGAAUAUGGUCACGAACGAGGAAAUCAAUUUGAUGAUGGAGAUGCCAAUUUGGCUACUCCCGGAAGUCCCAUGCCUUUUGUGAAUACCAAAUAUCGAUUGGCAGGUGGCUUGGAUACUCCGCAGGCGGAGAGACAGAACAGGGAAAUGGGAAUGGGAAGAGAAAGUGAUUUUGGUGAUACGAAAUAUCGAAGGGAGUUAAGUGAUGUGAAGGAAACUUUCGAGGCCGAGGGAGAAGGUCAAUUGUAUCGAGAUGAGAAUGGAAGACCGAGAAUCCGAGGACAACCAAAGGAAGAUGAGAAACGUGGAUGGAUCAAACCGAUGGUUAAUGUGGUGGGUGGUGUGGUGGGAAAGAUGUGGGAAUUUUGUAAAAUGGGUGUCGCAUUUAAAGGAUUCCAAGCUGGUGGUGGAAAUGGUUACGUUUUUGGUUCAACCACUCCAAUCGAACCGACUUUUGUGGAUGAAUCCAAGAAUAACAUGUGGGAGGAUGAAAAAUCUCCUGGGACACCGGUACCCGGUGGAGUUUCUAUGGGUGGUAUGGUUGAGAAUUAUAUGGAUCAAAAUUAUGUUCCACCACAGGAAGAGACAACACCUCCGAGACCAGCAAAGAGAAGACAAACUAGUUUCACGGCUCAAUCAACUCCAGAUGAUAUGUCAAGAAAUUGGGUAGUGGUUCCUCCACCGCAAUCAAUACAACCACAACCAAUACAACCACAACCACAACCUGAAUAUCAACUCAAUCAACAAUAUCCAAAAUUACCACCAGUGCCUGCAGAUGCAUUUGCAAUUCCACAAUCUCAAGCACCUAAAUCUAGAUUGUCACAACAGAGAAGUGGAAUUGCUAGAUAUAAUAUACCUGCGACAUCAAAUUCCACCAGAAGACAUUUGGUUCAACCUCAAAUUACAUCAAGCAAUAUGGGUGCUACUCGAAGAUCAAAUUAUCAAAGCAAUCCUCGAGUUUUAAAUCCUUCCCCGGUUAUAUCAAAUUACGAACGUGGUACAAAUUACUCAACUCCUACUCGACCAAGUUCUUCUCAAAUUCCACGUACGGCUUCACCAGCAGGAUCACGCAUUCCUCGUUGGACACCUAAUAGUCCAAAAACAGGGCCAAGUUCAAAUGAAAGUCCAGCAGCAAGAGAAGCAAAAGCAUGGAAGGCGAAACAAUUGAAAGAGGAAAGGGAACAGGAUGAGAUGAUGAGAAAAUUUGAUCGACAAAUGAAGGAAUUGAUUAGACAGGGUAAUAUGGCAUUGGGAACGAAAGUAGAGGAUAUGGAGCUUGAUGAAGAGGAUGUUUAUUAGAGUGGAAAUGAGUGGUUGGGUGGAGGAAAUGUGGAUAAUAAAAGGCAGGAGGUAUACAUAUAUGUAUAUGUGGAGAAUGGAAUUUGCACAUACUCGUACAUAUAAAUGGAGGAUACGAAAGGCGUUGGGAAUUAUCUUUUGAUCUGAUCUGAUUUGGUUUUGCCUGAACUGGUCUGAUCUGGAUAUUGGCAUUCGUAUAUUACGAAUAGCACAGAUGGUUUGUUUGCUUGCGUUUUUGCUUGCUUGCUGGUCUCAUCCAUUCUAAUUCUUUGUUUAUCUUACGGAGUUGGAUGGAUAAAUUAUUCAUCAAUCAUAGUCAGGAUUGAGAUUAGGAUUUGGACAACGGCGUUUUUCCAAUUUUAAUUCUAGUUUGUUUUUCUUUGGCUGGACUAACUGGGUUGGUUUGGAUGUGUGUUUGCAUUGAGCGAAUUUAACGACGGAAUGAUUUUAUUUUGUUUGAUUUGAUUUGAUUUUGAUGUGGUGGGAUUGUGGGGAAGAGGAGAGAGGAGAGAGGAGAGGGGGUUGUAUAAAUGGGAAUUGUUUUGCUGUUUUGGGGGUUUACAGAUUGGGGAUUGGGAGAUUGGGAGGUUGGGAGAUACCAUGAUUGUUGCUUUUUCUUUUUGAGGGGGAGGAUGGAGAGGGAGAGGGAGGUUGGUGAUGAGAUUGGGGGUGGGAGUGGGACGUGAAGGUUGUAUGUAAUGUAAAUGGUGGAUGAUAGUUAUGGUAGGGGGUAGAAUGAUAGGAUAUGAUGUUAUGGAAUGAGUUGGGUUAGGACUGAUUAGGUUGGGAAAAUUAGGAUAAUGAAUAAAUUAAAAUCAAAAUCAAGAUAAAUGAAUAUAUUGAUAGAUAAUAAAAGUGAUUUGUUAUGUAAUAAAAAUGAA